CGGGGCGGAGCGAAGCAGCGCGGGGCGGCCCGAGCGCCUCCCGCGGAGCCUCUUCCGGGCGGCGGGGCCGGCGGCGUGAGGCUGUGCGUGGCAGUGGCACGGAACCCAGGCCUGCAGGAGACAAGCCUCCCUGCUGAGGGGUCGUCCUUUCCAGGGAAGGAACACGCUGAAUAACUUGAAGAGCAGACACCUGAGUUUUUGAAGAUGUCAGCAGAUAUACCAUUAAAUAUUAACAUCAAGGAGCCCCGCUGGGACCAAAGCACUUUUGUUGGACGAGCCAGUCACUUCUUUACUGUAACAGACCCCCGGAAUAUUUUGUUAUCUGAUGCCCAACUGGAAAAUGCAAGAAGAAUUGUGCAGGAUUAUAGGCAAGGUGUCGUGGCACCUGGUUUGACAGAAGAUGACUUGUGGAGAGCAAAAUACAUCUAUGAUUCAGCCUUUCACCCAGACACUGGUGAAAAGAUGGUCUUGAUUGGCCGAAUGUCAGCUCAGGUACCCAUGAACAUGACUAUCACAGGGUGUAUGAUGACCUUUUAUAGAACGACACCAGCAGUGGUUUUCUGGCAGUGGAUUAACCAGUCCUUUAAUGCUGUAGUGAAUUACACAAACAGGAGUGGUGAUGCCCCAAUUACUGUCAGCCAGCUGGGAACAGCCUAUGUUUCUGCUACCACAGGUGCUGUUGCAACAGCUUUAGGACUUAAUGCACUAGCAAAGCACGUCUCACCUCUUAUAGGACGGUUUGUUCCUUUUGCUGCUGUUGCUGCUGCCAACUGCAUUAAUAUUCCACUAAUGAGACAAAGGGAACUGAAGUUUGGAAUCCCCGUCACGGAUGAGAACGGAAACAGACUGGGUGAAUCAACAAAAGCAGCUGAGCAGGCAAUUACCCAGGUGGUUAUAUCCAGGAUUCUUAUGGCUUCUCCUGGCAUGGCAAUUCCUCCCUUCAUAAUGAAUACACUGGAAAAGAGAGCCUUUUUAAAGAUCAGCAAAAAUGAGCGAUUUCUUCAGUGACUGCUCAGUUGUCUUUGGUACAUCAUGACUGUUUAUGCUCACCUGUUGCUCCCCCUCAGCCUCAAAGACUGUGAGUUCAGGUGAAACCCUGCUCUGCAGGUAGUCAGUGGUAACACGUCGUAGAGAUUAGUAUUAAAACCAUGAAGGAAUGAGCUGCAUUUUUAACAAGCAGCUUCUGCAUGUUCUCUUGAAGUUUCGGAAGCACCAUCCCAUUUGCAGUCCUCCAACACCAUCCACACAAUGCUUUACUAACUCAUUUUCCUUAUCCUUUGCUUUCUACACCAUCACUCCUGAAAAUAAUUCUUGUACGCUUGCCAAAGCCUAUUAAGCAACACACAAGGCCAGAAGAUAGUCAAAUGGUGGUGAAGUAAUGAAGAAAACAGAAUAAUGCUCUGCAGUAAGUAGGAGAGAAAUAAAUGCUUCUGGAAUGCUGGUCUCAGUGAUAGCAGGUUCUUAUCCUCUGAUAUUUUAAAUAAGAUACAGGUUAGGUAGCACUGCUCAUCCCUCUAUUCUGGCACUGUUCUGCACAAGGACAUUUUGGUGGUAACAUUAGUAUGAAUUAGCAAUAUUCCCAAAAGUUAUUGCUAGAAAAUGACUCAAGAAUGCUUUUAGAAUAUGAACACAAGCACAUACCACUUCAAAAAGAAUCUAGUCCCUUCUUGACUUCAAAAAAUAUGGUUUUAUAUCUAUGUGCUUUUGCUGUAGGUUUCAGCAGUGGCUUUGGCUGCCUUUUCUGUGAUUAUGCAGAGCAAUAGUUCUUGAUUAGGCUGUAUAAUAUUUGUCUUCAUUGUCCUUACUGGCAUACUCUUGCCUAGCUCUGUGCAGAACCAAGUUAUUGUAUCUGCUGCAGCAGGAGGAUCCAUAAACAAUCUUGCUCUGAGGCACAGCAGUUACAGAUUUACUUCAAUUAUUUGUAACCUUUCUUCUAAGGAAAGAAAUUGAGGGGUUUUUUCCAUUGAAACUUCUGAAAAUUCCAGUUGUUGCUGAAGUUCCAAUUUUAUAUUUGUGCUCUUACAGCUUCAGCUGCUGUUUCUCUGCUGUUCUGCAAACUGUGUUAACUUUCAAGCUGAUUCCAGAAAUUUCCUCAUACAUCCUUAAAAACAGUUUCUUGGGGUCUCUUAGUCUGCCUCUAAAAUAUGUAUCCCAAACUGUUACAAAACUAGAACAGUCUUACGCCUCAGAGUCCUCCGUGCAUUCCUGGUGUAACUGUCAUUUUAUUUCUUCUUUGUUGUUUUUAAAAAAGGCACAGCUAGCCUGGGCGAGCUGACAGAUUUUUGAGAUCCAACAGUGAAAGGAAGCAGUUAUAAAAAAGCUGAUUCUCCUUAUGGCUUUUGUUUGCUUAAUUAUCAUGUCUCCAUUUUCUCUGUGUGCACUAAACCACUAAAGAUGCCAUAACAACAUCUGGAAAUGAAAUCCUAAUUCAUUGGGACCUGCCUUUUUCCAGUCAAAUGGUACUUCUGUAACACAGUAAAUGCCUCUGCUGCCUCAUACGUCUCCAUUUUAUCUCUUUGUUAGGAUGUACCCCCUGCAUUUGAGUUGUGCUUUAUUGUUUUACAUCAUUCCCUGGGCAACUCUAAUUCUUAGUAUUGACCUCCCUUGGUUAGAGUUCUACCUCACAUCUUUCUUGAUUAGUGCAGCCUGGUAACAUUCUUAAAAAAUAAAGGCUGUAACUCAGAUCAGUGCCUUGGCAAAAAAAUGUUCCAUUACAUGAAACUGCCACGUGUAGCAUCCCUCUCCCUUGAUUCUCCUCAGAGACUGAAGUCAUUGGCAGCACAGUUUGACUUGUGUUCCUAAAAAUGUGCAGAAUUUACCAACUCUACAGUCCUACACCCCUUCCAGUCUCAGUCUCUUGUCAUGAACUCUCCCAGUGUAUUAAAUGUAAAGCAUUUUGAGUGGAUUAAUCUCAGCUGAGUCAAACGAAGGUGUGUUUAGUGGAAUCAGACCAGGGAGCACUGCUGCAUUCACUCCUUCUCCUUCUUGCUGUUGCUGUCUUUUUCUGUUUGUUCUCUGUUGUUGCAGGUUAUUGCUGAGUUGCACAGUUCUUCUGCACUCAUUUCUGGAUUACAGAUUUGACUCCGGGGGGGAAAAAAAAAAAAAAGAAAAAUGAAAAAAAGAAGCAAUCUUCUCCAUCAUUUCUUCUCCCUCAGGCUCUGGAGAAAGUUUAAUCCACACAGGCUUGUUUUCUGUGCCUCUUGCACUGCUGUGACCUCCCUUAGCACCAAGCUUUGUCCUGUUGAGCUUUUCUAAUUUUUUUUCUAUUUCUUCUCUCAAAUAGUGCCCUUUUUUUUUUUUCAUGUUUCUCCUCUAACUCCUGUAUAUUGAGAAAUGUUUCUUGCAGAAAAAAAAACCAUCAUCUUUGUUGAAAAAAUCAUCCACUGUAACAUGUUUUUUUUUAACUCAGCUGUUUCAAAAUCACCUUCCUCUUACCAUAGCAGUUGUGUGUGUCCUUCUUACUGAAGACCCUGAUUGUUUUGUAGCACCAGCCCAUUGCAGCAGUGACCUUUUAACAGGACUGGUUUUAUUUCCUUAGUAAUUAAUCUAAACUAAAAUCCUAACAUGGAGCAAGUGGAUUCCUAAAUAAUUUAAGAAAACUGUCACAUUUCUUGGCAUAUGUUCAAAUUCUGCAAAAGUUAUAAUAAUGAGGAAUAUGGUGAAAAUGCAACCAUAGGUUAAUGUGUUGCCUUCACAGCCUUGUUUCCCCAAUUUUUCUACCCUUUUUUUCCUUCAACAAAAGUUGAACUCUGGCACAACUGGAGUGUACCAGACUGUGCUACAAGGGCAAGUUCCUACACAUCAAAGCAAAUCAUAAGAUGAGAGGAAGGGCCAAGAGAGGCAGACUUGCAUUUUUCCUUGACACUACCUUAUUUAUGGUUGGUGGCUGUAGUUGCUGUUGCUCACCAAGUAAAUCUCCACUUGUAAGUUAUAACAUUUGAUACCACUGAAGAGAUGGGAGCUGAAACCAGACCCAGCUCUUCUUAGGGAAGCCAGGGCAGAAUUCCCUGUGUCCUUUGGAGGUGUGGCAGCACCUUGUGCCUGCAGCACUGCUCCAAACUUUGGCUGUGAUGGUAGGGAUUGUGAGCUUGUAUGACUCAAAGGAAGGCCCACGUACUCAGGAUGGGGUUGUGAUUAAAACAGCCUCCUAGGGGAGUUUCUAGGAGACACUUACUCAGGGUAAGUGUAUGUUGGUAUCACUGGGAAUUUUCUUACUACUUUCCAAUGGGAUUGAGGUCUCAAGCUGGAGUUCAGCUUUAAGGUAUGCUGGUAAUUUUUGCCUUCAUCACAUCCAAGAAUCUUUUAGGUACAAUCUGUCUCUUACAAGAAUUCCAGGAAGUUGGGAAGGAGGGGAGAAAAGAUACUGUGCUCACUGUGUGCCUUUUUUUUUUUUCCC